AUGGUCAUAUCAAGUCUUGGCUUCCUGCCCGGCUUGGAUGACAUCGAAUACCAUGGCAUUGGCACGAGCUCGGAGAUCAACGUAGUUGGUAUCUGGCGUGAUGGAUCAAAAUCCCCGGACGGAUCUAGCAUCAGCCUAGAACCGAGGAAAGAGGCGAAAGAUGUGCUACGGUACCGUUCUUCCUAUGCCGCAACCGACGAGGAUGGUGUUCUAACUGCACACAGGCCAAAGGUUGAGCUUUCGAAACAAGAAUUUCGUCGGUCGUCAGCCCCAUCUCCCGAGUCUCUCGUAGACAUGCAUGAAAACAAGGACGGGAGCCCCAACGCGCGAGACGACGACGCAGGCCGAGCAACGCGGUCGAGUUCCGGGACUCCAGCAACACCCGAGGCUUCCUCGUCCGGCAGCUUGGUAUCAGAAACAACACCACAAAAUGCUGGGCCUUUGGAAUCGUACUUGGCAUGUCCCCAUUCACAUGAGAGACGGGCGCUCUGGCUGCCUCCCGACGAUGACGAUCGAGAGCGAGACGCAGACCCCUCGACCUGCGGAUCGGUAGUCCUUGGCAAGGGAAGAGUGCCUGGCGUUUACGAGCAGCCCAAACGCAACACAUCGCCGUUUGGAACUGCUCAGGGCACAAAAGACGGCAAAAUCGGGCAACCGUUGACGCAGUACCUGUCUUCAAUCCAUCCCCACGAAGUGCUGGCGUAUCAGAUGUGGGAGCUUGAGUCUAAGAGCACGCUGCAAGGCAGCAACCGAUACUCAUGCCUGGAAAUGGGUAUGAAUAGAUCGCGGGAGAACGUUAUGCCUGCUUCGAACCCUUCAAUAUCCUUGGAGGCCGGUCACAAGGCAGACGAUGUCCCACCAGCACCUGCGGUACCAUCGCCCGCCAUGUCCGCAGUGCCCGCACCACAAGGUCCUAUCGAGGUGGGAUAUGAGCGUCAUGGCUCGGAUUCGGCUAUAUCAGACUUGGAUACGGCGGAGCUGUACCAGCUUUUGUAG